AUGAGCAUCUCUCGGCAAGGCACAUCUAAAAAGUUGCUUUAUUCUUCCCUUCUUUUCUUCUUCCGCUGUCUGACAUCUUCUGUCCUUUUCUUGACUCUCUCCUCUCCCUCCUACCAGGUCUUUCCUCCUUUCCUUUCUUCGUUCCUUUCCUCCCACUUGGUUGUUCUACCUCUCUUCGCUCCCGAGAUGGCGCGUCAGCCGGCUGCUUCGACAGAGGAGCUUUCUCCUUCUUCAGCUGUCGAGAAGGAACGGAGGCGCAAGUCAGGGACGAAGAGCGUCUCCCAGGCGGUACGCGCGAUGUCCGAGAGUGUGGAGACACAGAGCAGUCAGGCGAAAGGCGAAUCUCUGCAUGCAGCGGCUUCUGGAGACAGUGGGAAGAGAAAGAAGGCGAGGAGGGAAGGCGAGGGGCCUGCGGCGGUGAAGGCGAAAAAACGAAGGGGCACAGGAGAAGCGGGAGAAGCGAAACAGGAGCGUGGAUCUGGCGAAGAACAGAGAGAAAACGACGAGUCCUCUACCGCAACAGACAGUGAAGAAGCUGUGCAGGCGAACAGCAGCGGAGCGACUAAGGCCCAGGAAACUCGAGAGAGUCCGGCAGCUGGCACAGAAGAGUCCAGCGACCUCACGGGCGCGUACGCCGUCUCCCCCGCCGAUGCCUCUCCGAUGUCUGCCGUCUCUGCUUCUUCGUCCUCGGUCGUCAAAGUCAUUCGAAAGAAAGGCGAAGGAGGGAUCCUUGACACUUCGCAAACCUUUGAAGAAUUUGGUUCGCUGUACCUCGACAGACGCCUAGCCCGCGUGGCUGUCCAGCACAUGCAGCUGCAGCAUCCUACACACGUUCAAGCUCAGGUUAUUCCGCUGGCGCUGCAGGGAAAAGAUUUGCUUGCGCAGGCGAGGACAGGAAGUGGAAAGACGCUCGCCUACGCCCUGCCUCUUCUGCAACGCCUGCUAGAGAGACGCGAAGAAGAAAGAGCGACCCAGCCAAGACCUGAGGGGCUCGAGGCUCUCGUCCUCGUCCCCAGCAAAGAAUUGUGCCUCCAGAUCCACGAGGUCUUUGUUUCGCUCUUGAAGUACUGCCGGGACUUGAUUUCUGUCAACCAUACUGCGUUCGCAUCUUCGUCUUCGCUUGUUCCAUUUCUGCCUCCCUCCGUCCUCAUCGGGACCCCAGCAGGAGUCGUUUCGUACAUGGGCAAGUUGGAUGGCAGUGCCUCAGUCAAGUCUUUGCUGCAGAGAAAUCUCAAAGUUCUAGUGGCAGACGAAGCAGACCUUCUUCUCUCUUUCGGCUUCGAAAACGAAAUGAACAGACUCCUCGCCUGCCUCCCAGCAACUGCAGAGAGACACUACCAAGCUCUUCUUCUCUCGGCUACUCUCAACGAAGAGGUUGCAAAGCUGCAGCAGAUGCUGCUUCACAAGGCAGUGAUGGUGGAGAUCGACGAUACUCUUCAGCAAGCGUCAUCUCAGCUCUCUGAGUUUUAUCUCUCUCUGCCGAAAGCUGGAGACAAGUGGGUGGUUCUCUACGCCUUUCUAAAACUGAAUCUGGUCCCGCGAAAGUGCCUCAUCUUCACAUCUGGGGUCUCAAGCGCAUACGGCGUACGCAUUUUCCUCGAGCGCUUCGGCAUUGGCUGCGGCGUUUUAAGUCCGACUCUUUCCAUUGAGUCUCGCCAGUCUCUCAUUCAGGCGUUCAAUAAGGGUCUUCUCGAAAUUCUCAUCACAACCGACGGCGCCUGGGAUGAAGAAGCAGAAGAGAACGAAGACGAAGAAGAGACAGAUACAGCCGAUGAGGACGACAUAGAGGACGAAGGUGACGAAGGUGAAGUCGAUGACGAAGAUGAUGAAAACGGGGAUGCACACAUGAGUUCUGAGGAGGAGGAGGACUCGGAUGAGGAGGAGGCAGGCGCAGAGGCGGCGGCGGAGGCCCUCAAGAAAGAUGCAAGUGAAGACGACAAGGUUCCGAAGAAGAAGAAGACUCCAAAGCGAAUGCCGGAUGACGAGUUCGGUAGCCAUCGAGGACUGGAUCUCCAGAGCGUUGCAUGCGUUCUCAGCUUUGACAUGCCACGCAGUAUCCGGGGAUACAUCCACCGAAUUGGGAGAGCAGGACGUGGAGGGGCGCCAGGCAUCUCUGUCUGCCUCGUGAGCCAGGCUGCAGCGCGGGAGGUUCUUCUGCUUCACAAGCUUGUUCAGCUCAGACGCGAGAACAACGAUGCUGGAAGCACAGCCCUGAAGCCUCUGUCUCUUCGUCUGCAAGACGUGGAGUGCUUCCGAUAUCGUGUGGAAGACGUUUGCCGGGGGGUGACAAAGCGAGUUAUAGCAGCGCUCGUGGCGAAGGAGUUGCAGCAGGAAGUUCUGCGGUCCCGAAAAAUGAGAGAUUUCUUCAAACGAAAUCCCCGAGACGAAGAAGUCUUGCGCGCUGCCUGCAAGCAGCUGAAGGACCGCGCUCUGGCGGGUCGUGGCCAUCUGCAGCACCUGCCGUCGUAUCUCCUUGCUCAAACUCCUCCAGCACAAAAAACAGCAGUGCAAUUGGCGGUGGAAGCACAGACGGCGCGAGGCCCUAAGGCGACUCAAGAGAAACUCGGCGUGAAGCGGCGAACACUUGUCGACCCUCUAAAGAGCUUCCGGGCAGGCAGCAGCGACAUGCGGCGCGGCAGACCCGGGCGAGGGCCUCGCGCUCAACGCGGUCGUCGGCCGAUCAGCCGAGAGAGCCAGCUAGCGAGGGAGCCGAACCACGCGGAGACCGCUCCCGAGCACUUGCCUGCGCUCUCUGGAAGGAAACUGUGGAAGCUAAAACACAACAAGAACUUGUCGAAAAAUCAGCCAAAGGGCAACUUCCUGAGAGUGAAGAAGGGAAAGAAGCGGCACUGA